AUGUGCCUCCUUGGUACUUUCCAGUUUCUCCUACCGGCAAUAUCACUGAUUAUGGCCUCUGCCCAAGACAUAUGUAACCAUGAACCAAAAACAAACACAUGCAAUAUUGUGCCCUGUGGACUACCUGGGAGCAAUGGGUUACCAGGUCGAGAUGGGAACCAGGGUUCAAAAGGAGAAAAAGAGGACCCAGGACAAAGAGGAAUGAUAGGCCCUCCUGGAAAAGCUGGCCCCAAUGGUAUCAAAGGAGAAGAGGGUCCUCUGGGACCCAGAGGACUAAAAGGAGACAAAGGAGAAAUUCAAGAACUGAUUUCACUCAAGGCACAAAUGACUGCUUUGCAAGAAGAAAUCAGGAUUUUGCAGGCUUUCAUCAACAAAUAUAGAAAAGUUAUGAUAUUGUCUGGUAUCAGAACUGUGGGUGAGAAAUGGUUUGUGGUAGCAACACCUGAAGGGACAUUUGAAGAAGGAAAGAAAUUAUGUUCACAAAAUGGUGCCCCACUGGCAGUCCCCCAGAAUGCCAGAGAGAAUGGAGCUCUGCAAGAACUGGCCAAGCAGUUUGGUAAGAAUAUCUACCUGGGCAUAAGUGAUGAGAGAACAGAGGGCAAAUUCCAGAACCAGAAUGGGCAAACUGUCAGCUAUACCAAUUGGGCAUCUGGAGAACCCAACGGCGGUAGAAAAGAGAACUGUGUCCAAUUCUACAUCAAUGGCCAAUGGAAUGAUAAACACUGUGAAGAGAAAUGGCUAAUUGUUUGUGAACUUGAGGCUGUACCGUAA